AUGUCAAACUCCAUUUCUUACGAUCAAAAAACGGUUGCCUUGCUAGUUGUUGAUAUGCAAGAAUCGCUUCGUGACGAGGUUAUUGAUAUUGUUCCAAACGUGCAAUCAAUCAUCAAAACUUGUCACGAAAAAGAAAUUCCUGUUUUUUGGACCCAACAUGGUCACAGAAAUCUCCAAUUUGAUGGAGGUGCUGUGGGACGAUGGUGGGGAGAGGGUAGUAUAAAAUGGGGCUCUGAAAAAUGGAAAAUUUUGAGAGAAUUGCAGCCGCUCAUUUCGCGAUCUUCAACCUCGAUUGAUAUCCUUGAUUUCGUUAUUAAAAACAAGACGCGUUAUGAUGCUUUUUACAAUACUGAACUUGAUUCCUUACUCAAUUCUCUUGGUAUUGAGACACUCAUAAUCUCUGGUGCAGAGACAAAUUUAUGUUGUGAAGCAACUGCAAGAAGUGGUUUUGACCAUGAUUAUAAUAUUAUUUUCCUUAAAGAUGCAACUGCCACAGAGAACGAAGAGAUGCACAAGGCAACUUUGCGCAAUUUGAAAUAUGGAGUGGCCAAAAUCUCUACAGUUACUGAAGUUAUUGAAUGGCUUGACAAACGUUAA